AUUUCGCGUGUGUGUGUGUGUUUUUCCUCCUCCCCAUUUCUGUUGUCUGUGAGGAGUGUGUGUCUGUGUGUGCUCCUCCCGCUCAAAUGAAUCAUGACAGCAGAAGAGACUCUUUCUGUCUUUCGGUUUUAUUCCAGCCUGGACUCUUGCGAAUAUCAUGUUAUAGUUGAAAAGGCUUCCGAAUGCCCUGUGGAUUUGCCUUGUGUAUACUGGAGCAGAAAGAGUAUCUGAAAUUUCUCUCUUUUAAACAGAGGAAUGGAUUCUGCCACAAAAUGAUCGAACAUGGUCUAGAGUCUUCAGUUCUGAAGAUGGCACAUGGGCCUUGCCAGUUUUCAUUAAUUGACUUUUGAUUGCACACUGUAAUGGACUUGUCCUUUUAGGAAAGAAGGAGAAUGACCAAUCAACCUGCUCCUGGUUUUCUUGGAUUUCUCUGAUAUGGAUUCGGCAAAGGGUAAAAAUUUCCAAUUGCUUAAUGCAAGUAGUCUGGCAGAGGAUUAUGACUACUUGAAUGGAUUUUAAUUCUAAUUUAAAAACUGCUCUGAAGAAAACUUAAAAUAUUUUGUUUGAGAAGAAUCUGAAUUUUUUGGAAAAGUGGCACCACAGAAAUAGAAACGACACAUGUGCUUACCCAGACCUACAGGCAGCCUCUUGUGAUUGAAGCUGCCAGUUGCUGGAACGUUACAGCCAAGCCCCCUGCCCCCUUUUCAGCAGAGGAAGUUCUGUUCCUCCCCGAUCAUCUACAUGUGUUGAUGGACAAUAGCAAGCAUGUUGUGCGGGCUGAGAAAGGAGUUCCAUUCGGACUUUGAUGAUGGACCGUAUUCAAAAGGGAGUAAGGACUGCGGAGGAACGGAAAAUUCUUUAGCUACAAGACGACAGAGUAUUCCAGAAGAAUUUAGGGGUGUCACCAUAGUGGAGCUAAUAAAGAAGGAAGGCAGCACCCUGGGGUUGACCAUUUCUGGAGGCACAGAUAAAGAUGGCAAGCCACGAGUGUCCAACCUGCGAUCUGGUGGUCUGGCGGCAAGGAGUGAUCAACUAAAUGUAGGAGACUACAUUAAAUCUGUGAAUGGCAUCAAUUUGACCAAGCUGAGGCAUGAUGAGAUUAUUAGUCUCCUGAAGAAUGUGGGCGAGCGUGUGGUCCUGGAAGUAGAAUAUGAACUUCCUCCUGCUGCUCCUGACAGCAGCUCGGGUGUCAUCUCGAAGACCAUUGAAAUCUGUCUUUGCAAGGAAGGCAGCAGCUUUGGCUUUGUGAUGAGAGGAGGAGCACAUGAAGAUUGGCACAAGUGCAGACCAGUGGUUGUCACUUAUGUGAGACCUGGUGGCCCCGCAGACAGAGAAGGUACUCUGAAAACUGGUGACCGUCUUCUGAGUGUUGAUGGCGUCCCUUUACACAAUGUGUCUCAUGCCGAUGCCCUCAAUUUGCUGCAGCAAUGUGGCCAGGAAGCCCUGUUCCAGAUAGAAUAUGAUGUUACUAUCGUAGAUUCCAUAACCAAUGCAUCAGGACCUCUGCUGGUGGAGAUUGCAAAACCUCCGGGAUCCAGCCUUGGCAUUGCUUUGGCUACAACACUUCACCGGAACAAGCAGGUGAUCGUCAUCGACAAAGUCAAGCCUGCCAGUGUUGUUGACAGAUGCGGUGCGCUACACGCUGGAGAUCACAUCUUGUCUAUAGAUGGAACGGGUACAGAGCACUGCUCUCUGCUGGAAGCCACCCAACUAUUAGCCAGCACUUCAGAAAAAGUGAAGCUAGAGAUCCUGCCAGCACAUCACAGCCGACUGCCCCUGAAGCCCCAGGAGACUGUGAAAAUUCAGAAGAGCGAUCACCAUCAUUGCUGGGACCCCUGUGUCAAUUAUUGCCAUUCUCAACACCCCGGACAUUGCAAGACUGCAAACUGGAGUGCGCCCCACCCUCCGGCCAGUCAGGAAUACUGCAAAUCGUUGGUGUCCACUAAUUUUUCUCCUGGCCCAGUGAAUACUCCUGGUUAUUCCUGUCAAAACUCCACUAGCACUCUUCCCCGUAAUUCACACCCCAUGAGUCCACGCAACACAAUGAUGAAAAGAAGGCAAAGGAAAAAGGAACACAAGAGCUCACUAUCUUUGGCCUCAAGUACUGUGGGUCCAGGAGGACAGAUCGUUCACACAGAAACUAGUGAGGUGGUUCUCAGAGGCGACCCAUUAAAUGGUUUUGGAAUUCAACUUCAGGGUGGGAUUUUUGCCACAGAGACCCUCUCAAGUCCCCCACUUAUCCGCUUUAUUGAACCAGACAGCCCUGCUGAAAGGUGUGGGUUGUUGCAAGUAGGAGACCGACUCCUGUCAAUCAACGACAUCCCUACGGAAGAUGGAACACUAGAAGAAGCCAAUCAACUGUUGAGAGAUGCUGCUCUGUCUAACAAAGUCACCUUGGAAAUUGAGUUUGAUGUAGCAGAAUCUGUAGUGCCCAGUAGCGGUACUUUCCAUGUCAAAUUGCCUAAGAAGAGAGGAGUAGAGCUGGGAAUUACAAUCAGCGCAAGUCGAAAACCUGGGGAGCCUCUGAUCAUUUCCGACAUUAAGAAAGGCAGUAUGGCUCAUAGAACUGGAACACUUCAGCCAGGUGACAAAUUGCUGGCUAUUGAUAACAUUCGUUUGGAGAACUGCUCCAUGGAGGAUGCAGUGCAGAUCCUUCAGCAAAGUGAAGACCUGGUAAAGCUCAAGAUUAGGAAAGAUGAAGAUAAUUCUGAUGAACAGGAAAUGACUGGCUCUAUUAUUUACACUGUGGAACUGAAGAGAUAUGGUGGUCCUUUGGGAAUAACGAUUUCUGGAACAGAGGAACCUUUUGACCCCAUUGUUAUAUCUGGGCUUACCAAAAGGGGACUGGCUGAGAGGACUGGUGCCAUUCAUGUGGGAGACCGAAUCCUAGCCAUAAAUAACGUGAGCCUGAAAGGGAAGCCACUGAGUGAAGCUAUCCACCUGCUACAGAUGGCUGGAGAGACCGUCACCCUAAAGAUCAAGAAACAAAUGGACCGACCAUUCUCUAAAAAGAAGAUGGCAACCGUAAAUGAUGUGAGUGAUCCUGAAGAUGAACUGACUGACUCUCAGAAGACCAGUAAACUGUCGGAGAUUUACUCCACAACCAUUCCCAGUGUUGAUAGUGCUAUGGAGUCCUGGGAUGGAUCUGGAAUUGAUGGUGGCUUUGGAAGUCAAGGCACCUACAUUCACCAUGGGGCUGGAAUCUCCCUGCAUCCCAAUGAAUGGAGAAGCGCCAAGCAGCGUAACAGCACGCCGCCUACCAGUCGACGGAAGAACUACCCCUUCACUGACGGAGGGUUCAGCGAAGAUGACUGGGACAAGCCUAGUGGAUAUCUCAGCCACCAUCAUCAUGGGCUCAACCUGGAUCAUGAGGACAGUUUUUGGUGCCAGGCUUUGGAGGAUUUGGAAACGUGUGGCCAGUCAGAGCUCCUACGGGAAAUUGAGGCAUCAAUCAUGACUGGUAGCACCAUUAGCUUAGGUGUUGAUGGGAACAAAACACACGUCAGUUCUGUUGGCCAGCCAGGAUUGAGCCCUCUGAGGAAAGGAACAUCCAUCCUCCAUGAGGACGGAAAGACCAAGACACUGGGUCGAGGAGUUGACAAGAGCUGGGAGGUACGGAGGAUCAAAGAGGAGAUCCAGGAGAUCAUGUCUCCAACGCCUCUGGAACUGCAUAAGGUUACAAUUGUGAAGGACAGUGAAGGGGAUGACUUUGGGUUCAGUGUGUCUGAUGGGUUCCUAGAAAAAGGUGUGUAUGUGAACAUGAUCAGACCAGAUGGGCCAGCAGAUCGUGGUGGACUCCAACCUUUCGAUAGAAUUCUACAGGUUAACCACGUCCGCACCCGUGACUUUGACUGCUGCCUAGCAGUCCCGCUGAUCACCGAGGCGGGUGACAAACUGGAGCUGGUGAUCAGCCGCAAUCCACUAGCACAGCCUACACAAGAGGAUGACUGUGAAGCCCUUCAAAGCAAGCUGACGAUGAAUCGGGAAAGCAAAACAAGCACAAUGGAUUUAUAAAGGGGCCAUGGACAGCGAUGCAUUUAAUGUUUCUGCCAAGUAACUCUUUAUCCUGUCAUAGUUUUGCUUCGACAUCCUACUGUUUUUGUUUAGGGUGACUGUUGUUUUCUUAGGCUUCAUUUGGGCACAAAUAAAUCCGCUUUCUCAAUGUGAAAUGAAAACUGCACAAAGGGCUUUAAAAAUAUAAAAAAGUGACAAAAGGGCACUGGGUACCUGGGGAAGUACUGACACCUGUAAGCAACUUUUUAUUGUUUUCCUUAAAGAACGGAAAUCGAAAUAGAUAACUUUAAAGUGUUAAAGAAGUGCGACAUGUACUCUAUGAGUAUGUAGUACUAAAGCAUCACUGAAGGUAGUACUUUGAAAGGGGGGCAUUUUUAUUAAUCCCGCAUUUGACGGCUGUUUAUUGAUCAGGUGGCCAUAAGCAGGAAGCAGCACCAUAAUAUGAGUAUGUACAUUGCUUCUGCGCAUUGCGGUUUAAUUUCACCCAUGUCUGGUUCUUGUGAGCAUUUAAAAGAGCAGAAUACUGUAGUGUGCAAUUUAUUUUCUAAUUUCCACACAUGUACUAGUCCGAGGAAACAAUAAUGAAAUUGAAUGAAACAGUCAAAACCAUUUUCACGUGGAAGGUGCCACCCCGGGCUCAAGUUAGCAUUCACCUGCUAUACUGUUGCCUUGUGUCCAAAUGUUGCUAGUUCAACAAGCACAAAAGUGGUCUGUGGUCAAUUUUUUAUUUAUCUUUUAACUUCAGUCUUUCACAUGUGUUUAUGUUAUGCGUACAAAUGUUGUGAAUUUAUUGUUUUUAUACACUUUUUUUUUUUAAUUGCACCUUCUUGUGGAAAUUCUUAGUGUUUUCACUCUCUUCUGUGUGUGGGUAUCCGUUAAGGUUCCUAUAGAUUAAUGGUUAGGGAAGCAACAUUCCACCAUACCCACCACCUCCCUCCUCUAUCAUGGUGCUAAUCUGAAUAUGUUUAAAUGCUGACAACUUCAAGUUUCACUUAAUGUACUUGUGAGUAAAUAACUGCUUUUUGCUUUUUUAUUUUUUUUUUUUUGGUUAGGUUUGCUAGAAUGAAUUCCUCCUUUGAUGCACAUGCACUCUAUCCGGUAGAGUUUUAGUUUUUCUUGUUUUUCUAAGCACCGAAAUUCAAUUUAAUUUUGUGACAAACACAUAACUGAAGGUGACAAUAUUAUAGCACUACUAAAUUCUUUUGUAGUGUUGCCACAGUGGGGUAUUGCUUCAUUUCCUUACUCUUGGUCUAUAGAUUGCACUUUUUUUUUGACUAAAUAUCACUUCUUCUAAGAGUGUGUGUAUUAUUUUUCUUGAAGGCCUCUCUUAAAAGCACUUUUUUUUUAAUUUUAUUUUAAUAAAAGAGCACUUGUCUAAGAAAAACUUUAGAAGUCCACCUCUACCCCCUCAACUCCGUUACCACAUUGCCCAUAAGCUUAUUGAAUUAGAGCCACUUCUCCUACUACCUUAACCUUACAGCACCUUCAAGAACUGCGCCUCUUUCCUAGACAUGAACUUUUGUUUAAAUGUCGUGGAGCUGUUUUUGCUUUUGUCUGAGGGUCAGAAGCUGAAGCCUCCAUUCUUUCUGUGCGUCUGCAUCUUUUUGAUCCAUUCCAACUCACCUCCCCAUGCAAAAUAUUGCAUGAAAGACACUGAAUCUGGGACACCUGCGUAUGUGUGUAUAUAUUAUUUUUGAUGGACAUACUUUUAAUCUGAAUUACUCUUUCAGAAGUCAUCUUGUCACCCAUGAUGUGUGCCAUCUUGUUAUGCAAUUUGGUGCACUUUGAUCCUUUACAAGUUUACACCUUCUCCAGUUCCCCUUCACUGACUAGGUGGUCCUUUUGGUAGUUACCGAUGCAGGAAGAGAAUAUGUGCUGCACUUCAAGACUGAACAUCCAUUUUCUCAACAGAGUAUCAUUUUGGCAGUUUAGGAGGAUCAAGUAAAGGUGGGGAGAUCUGCUUUAUUAAACCUUUUUGAAUCUUAAAACAGUUUAGAAAAGUGUGUAAAAUUAGCUUCAUAUUAAUAUUUCACCUCUCUAGAUCAAAGUUCCAGUAGUUGUAUAGAAGAAGUAGAUGGAAUAGCUUUUGUUUUAGUAAUCUGCUUUUAAAUUUUUAGAUUUUUGGAAUGACAACCACUGCCUUUUGCAGCAACAUUCAUUUUAUGUUUCUUACUAUUGUACAAAUGGCAAAUUUAUUUUUUAUUAAAUUAUUUAAAAAAAAUAUUUUAAAGUAUGCUGCUAGGACAAUCACGUUUCUUUUUAUUGGGUCCAACUGUACUUGUCUUCUAGAAUAAAAAAAGAACAAAACACAUUUUACCUCUCAUCAAACUUUAAGCACCAGGUAUGGGAACUGGAGGUCGGUGGUGGAACAAAGUAAGCAGAAAAAUUUUUUUUUUCCUCUCCCCUUUUUUGCCAGUCAUUUUCUUGAAGAACAAAAGCUCCCGAACAAACAUUUCCCAUAAUGCUUUGCAAACCUGCCAUGUUUUCUUAAAUUGGCAAGCACCGUUGCACAAAGCAGAAUGCCACCAGUAGCGUAGCAGGCAGGACUCUUCAUUUCUGAAUUAAAACUGUCGGUAAGCUUUGAGCUUAGGUGAAAUCGGUUUGACUACUUUUAAAAACUCUUUUAUUUACUUCUUUGCUAAUUUUAUAUGUUCAGUAUUUGACACGUUCUAUGUUUAGUAAUUGAGAUGUGCCAUAACUGACACCAAAUGGUAUUGCUAAGUGUUUUUAUGCAAUAUUAAAUGGGAGCCUCAAAUGUGUUUCAGGAAAUUUUUACAAGUGUUUUUAAGGCUUCAGAUUUGCCUCUAUAUCCAUCCCUAUGCAUUUUGAAUGAUAUGUAUGCAUUAUUAUUAAUGUGUAUUUUUUAAAAAGUAAUAUUAUUAAAGAUGUAUUCUCUGUAUAGUAUUUUUAUAUGAGAUCCUCCCCAAUGUAUCUAAGCACAAUAUUGAAAUGCUGAAGGUUUCAGUAGUUAGUUUAAUGUGGCUGGAUGCAUUUUGUAAAUAUAUAUUCUUAAAUAAAAAUGGAUUGUAAUGAUUUACUUUCUUUUUAUGAAUAAAGACA